AUGGGAGGUGCGCCCCAGCCACACGGUCCGGGGUCGGCGGUGGUCGGCGGCACGGUGUGGUUCAACCGCGACGUCUGUGGCAUCGUCUGCGCAUGCUUUGCUCAGUCAAUCAUCUUCUUCUCGUGCUACACGGUUUGCACGUGCGUUAUCCUGAGAUGGACGAGUCUCGGCCUCUGUCGGUACGGCCUCGCGUUGCUUCUGCAGCUCUUCUCGCUGCUCGCCUCGCUGUCCCAUUUGAAGUGUCUCUUGUCCGAUCCCGGCGCAGUUCCCUAUCUCCCUCUCCCGCCUGCGCUCUCUGCCCCGUCCCCGCCUCCAGUCCUCGACGCUUCCGCGCUCUCCGAGUCCAGCAACGCCGACGUCGCGAGGCCGAACGCUCGAAAGGACGCCGAGGAAGACUCGCAGUGGCGAAGAAGCUGCUCGUGGGUAGAGAUGCCUUCCGCCCGGCCCGAAGAAGAAUGGACAGACGUGGACAGUGGCGAAGACGACGUGCUGGUGUGCCGCUCGUCCCCUUCGCGCCUCACGGAUGCAUCCCCUCCUCUUCCGCUUCCUGUCUCUCCGUUCGCUCCGCAGUCUGCGGCGCGCGGCCUCGCGCCUCCCGCCCUCGCCCUGUCCCCGGAGAAACCUGGGGGGGACUGUGGACCUGUUGGCGGGGCGACCGGCCUUUCUUCUGUCUCGUCUCUGGGCGCGCCGGGGUUCGAUCCGACCGCAGCGCGCGCAGGAGAGCAAAGCCGAGAGCUGCUGGACGGAGCCAGAAGCCGCGAGGCCCUCGCGUUCGAAACGAGAGACGCGCGGCCGCACAAGAACCGGUGGUGUGACCGAGGAUGCCGCGGGGCGGAACCCGACGCGAGAAGAACUCCGCAGCGGAAAUACCAUACCGUGGUUGACGAGGAGGCCUGCUGCGAAGAGGACGAGAGCGGACUGCGAAGCGGUAGACUGCACGUCCGCCACCGCGACGGCGAGGCGCGAUCUGAGAGGGAGAUGGAGGCGCUGGCAAGCGAAGAAGACGGCGAGAAACGUGCCAAGGACAAGAAGAAAGAAAUGUGGCUCUUGAGGGCGAGACGCCGCGUCCGUCUCCUCCUCCUCGCCCUCCCUGGAAGCCUGCGCUGGGGCAUUGGUGGUCUCCUGGUUCUUCUCGCGGCGGCGCGAAGGGCGUUCCUCUUCUUUGCGAGCCCUUGGAUCAACAACUGCGUUGGACAGACGAAUCAGAAGUUUUUCCUGCUCUUUCUCGUCUACGUGAACGCGAUGUGCACCUUGUCGAUGGGGACGCUCAUCGUGCGCACCGUCUCCUUCUUGCAGGAGCAGCCCCCACUUCCGCCGCCCGGCUUAUAUUCGGAGAGUUUCCGAGCCGCGUUGGCGGCUCCGGGGCCCGCGACGGACAGCGGCGGCUGGCCCGUGUACAGACCAGAAGAAACGAAACGGCGAGCGCAGCCUCCCGAGCUUCGGAUGAAAACAGACGCUUCCGCCUCUUCGCUUGAGGUGAGCGCAGCGGGCGGGGCGAAGGAGAACGAUACGGCCGAAACGGAGAAAGGACACAAACGAGAAGGCGCGCCCGAGCAAGACCUACGCGAUUCCAGGGAUUCAGCCCAAGACCGGAGAGAGAGAGAAGGAGAUACAGAAGGAAAAGGAGAUGAAGAAGGUGGUGGAGGCGGAGAACAAGAGCGAGAACAGGGGACCGGGGCUCCGCGGCGAGGGCGCAGUGGAGGGGAACGGGCGGAGGGGGAAGACAGAAGAACAGAAGACGAAAGUGAAGGCGGGACAGCGGUUUUUCGAGUGUCGAAAGACGCGGGCGAAGCUGCGCACGCGGAUUAUCCCCUUCUGCCGUCUGGAUUAGAAGACGAGGCCAAGGGGACUGGAGACCCGCAAGCUGCGCAGUCUGCUGGUCAGCCACUCCUCUCUGCGCGCGCCUACCGCAGCCGAAUCAACGUCUUUGCUCUGCCGAGCUUGACGCGGGGCAUCGACAUUCUCUUGGAGCGCGCCGCGCGUGGCGACGGAGACAUCCGAGGCUCUUCUUCGCGAGAGGAGAGAGCGGGCGCUGAACCCUACGGAAGCUGGGUCGCCGACGAGCGAAGAAACGCCCGGAAAUCCUUCUUCGGCGCAAAUCGGGAAAGAAACGGAGCAAACGCCGAGCAAACGCCGUUCCGAAUCAUCACUGAACCGCUGUCUCUUCCAUGCAAUCUGGAGCCUCUGGAAGCUGUCGCAUGCGUGUUUGUCUUCAUGUUCUCCUUCGUCUUUGGCCUCUUCACCCUCAUCAUGUUCUUCGAUCAGCUGUCGGCAAUCCGCUCAAACACCACAGGCAUCGAAGUCUUGAAGCGCGAAGCACACGAGACGCGCUCGCUUUACUCGUCCCUGGUUGAUGUGUGCGGUGCGGCUCCCUCAUGGCGGUGGCUGUUGCCUGUGAAUCGCUCCUUCCUCGCUCUCUCCCGCGAACGCGAUGCUCCGUCGAUGCAGCUGCGUCCUCUUCGAUUGUCUCCCGACGAAUCUUCGCUUCUGCAUGCAGAAAAAGGAGAAGCGACUGGAGAAGCAAAGCAGCAGCUAAUGUAG